UCUCUCGUUCCGUUAUCUGCACAUGUGCCUUUAUAAAAAGCACCGUUGAGAAAUAGAAGCAGAAGCAAGCUAGUGGCGUCUCCUCCACAACCAUGACAAGAGACCAAGGGCCCUGAGUGAGCCAAACCCACCACCCUUUUUCCCGAUCUCAUCCACAUUAAUUGCAGCAGAUCCCUGAAGAUCUUUAAUUUGUUUGAUACAAAGGGAUCACUGGAUCAGUAAAGACCAACUCAUGAAUGAUUUUGGUUGAUCCAUCAUCCCUCUUCUACUACUUGCUAGGGAGACGGAGAAGAAGCAGCAGCAACAACCUCAGCUCAAUUAAUUUGUUAUCAUUUAUUGGAAGGAUGAUGGCGACGGCCCCAGUGGAUUUCCACAACAGUUGCACAACAGAAGAGGCAGGACAAAACAGGUCCAUUUUAAUCAAAACCAAGCAUCCCAUCACCCUCAAGUUCGAACAGGUGGUGUACAAGAUUCGCACCAGCAACAACAAGAAACAACCAAAGGGUGGUGGUGGUGGUGGUGGUGGUGCGACAGAGAGAACAAUUCUGAAGGGAUUAUCCGGCGCUGUCCUCCCAGGGGAGAUGCUGGCGAUGCUGGGGCCAUCUGGUAGUGGCAAGACCACUCUCCUAAGCGCGCUCGGGGGGCGUCUGAGCAACAAGCGCUUUCUCAGUGGCGGCAUCACCUACAAUGGAAGUCCUUUUUCCAGCUUGUUGAAGCGUAACAUGGGUUUUGUGACCCAAGACGACAUCCUACAUCCACAUCUAACCGUAGCAGAAACCUUGCUCUACACGGCACUCCUUCGACUUCCCGGAAGCCUGUCCAAGCAGGAAAAGGCGUUGCAUGCAGAGACCGUGAUGGAGCAGCUAGGGCUCACACUGUGUCGCAACUGCAUCAUAGGAGGUGGCUUGGUGAGAGGUGUCUCAGGUGGAGAGAGGAAGCGGGUGAGCAUUGGCCAAGAGAUCCUUGUCAACCCGAGCCUCCUAUUCCUUGAUGAGCCCACGUCUGGUCUGGACUCCACCACCGCACAGUGCAUUGUGUCCAUGUUGUCGGCUAUGUCGUCCGAGGGUGGGAGAACCAUUCUGAUGACCAUACACCAGCCUUCUAGCAGGCUAUUCUACAUGUUCGAUAAGGUCUUGCUCAUGUCCGAUGGUCACCCAGUCUAUUUCGGUAAAGCUUCCGAGGCUAUGACCUACUUUGCCAACAUUGGCUAUACACCAUCUUUUCCGAUGAAUCCAGCUGAUUUUCUACUCGACCUUGCAAACGGCGUGUCCUCUGACGGUGCUCAAGAAAACAGAGCAUGUGUGAAGGAAGCUAUAGUGUCUGCUUACAAGUCACAUUUAAAUGAUCAAGUUCUUCAAGAGCUUCGUGAAAUUGACCACCAAAUUGAUGAAAAGGAGUCCAGUGGAGGCAAAAGUCAAUGGAACACAACAUGGUGGCAGCAAUUUACGAUUUUGCUCAAAAGAAGUUUGAAGGAAAGGAAACAUGUUUCUUUCUCCGGACAGAAAAUUGGACAAGUCAUGGCAAUGGCCUUUCUUUCAGGCAUUCUUUGGUGGCAAUCCGGAGGUCAUGCUCAAGAUCAGGUUGGGCUCAUUUUCUUUUAUGGCACCUUUUGGGGUUUUCUCCCACUAUUUCAGGCUAUAUUCACUUUCCCACAAGAGCGCCUGGUGCUAACAAAAGAGAGAGCCUCGGGGAUGUACAGACUUUCAUCCUAUUUCAUGUCAAGAAUGGCAGGGGAUUUACCCAUGGAACUUGUUCUCCCAACCGCCUUCAUGAUCAUUGUCUAUUGGAUGGCAGGCUUAAAACCCCAUGCUUCGAGCUUUUUUCUGACACUAAUUGUUUUGCUCUUGGGUGUUUUAGUCUCCCAAGGUUUGGGGCUCGCACUCGGCGCACUUGUCAUGGACCUCAAGGCAGCCACCACUCUUGCUUCGGUCAUUAUGCUUACCUUUAUGCUUGCCGGUGGGUACUACGUCCAAAGAGUGCCUGUGUUCAUCUCGUGGAUCAAGUACAUUUCGCUGACCUUCUAUGUUUUCAAACUUCAGCUGGGCACCCAGUUCUCCUCGAGUGACACCUAUCAUUGUGCUUUGAACGUCACAUGCAAAGUGGAAGAUAUUCCUUCGAUCAAGCUUGUUGGACUUGAUCAUCAAAUGGAAGCUGCCAUUGUUUUAAGCUUAAUGCUCUUCUUAUUUAGGUUUGCUGCAUAUCUUGCCUUGACGAGAGUCGGUGUAACCCGUUGACAGGGAGAGAUUAUGGUUUCUAUUAAAUUGAAGCCGUGUUUACAUCUAGACAUACGUGCUUGAAUGCUUGACGGUGGUAAUUAUGAUGUCUAAUUCUAU